UGUGCGUGACGUCACAUACGGCCUGUUAACAACUAGGAACUAGCAGCUAUCAUUUGUCUAAUGGCCGUAACAAGUUCGACAAACUGUAAGGCUGGAAAACUACAUAUCCCGUGAGUCCGUGCGCGUUACGAGGACGUGUCAGCCUUCAGGACCUGCCCCUAUCGUGCUUCAGCUGAGAACCGGCAUUAGUUGAUGUUUAGUAGAGGCGUGUAAGUCUCUUGUGAUCAUGCAUCCAGCUUUAGCCGUGGGCCUGGUGUUCUCGGGCUGCUGCAGUAAUGUGGUGUUUUUAGAGCUCUUAGCCAGGGCAUUUCCUGGCUGUGGAAACAUUGUUACAUUUUCACAGUUUCUGUUCAUUGCAGCAGAAGGUUUUAUAUUCCAAGCUAAUUUUGGAAGAAGGAAGUCAACCAUUCCAAUAAGGUAUUACCUAAUCAUGGUAGCUAUGUUCUUCACGGUCAGCGUGGUGAACAAUUAUGCACUUAAUCUCAAUAUAUCCAUGCCACUGCACAUGAUAUUUCGAUCGGGAUCCUUGAUCGCAAAUAUGAUACUAGGAAUCAUUAUUCUAAAAAAGAGGUAUGGUGCAUCCAAGUACUUGUCUAUUGCAUUGGUGUCUGUGGGAAUCUUUAUUUGUACUCUGAUGUCUGCAAAACAAGUGGCAUCUCACCAAACCUCUAAUGAAGAUGGAGUAUCUGUUUUCUUAUGGUGGCUUCUUGGUAUCGCAGCCUUGACUUUUGCUUUGCUGGUAUCGGCCCGAAUGGGCAUAUUCCAGGAAACGCUUUACAAGGAAUAUGGGAAGCAUUCUAAAGAAGCCUUAUUUUACAAUCAUGCUCUGCCUCUGCCAGGCUUCCUGCUCCUAGCUCCUGACAUUUAUAACCAUGCAGUUAUGUUUUCCCAAAGUGAGCCAUUCCAGAUGCCUGUGCUGGGAAUCCAGUUGCCAAUCAUGUGGUUCUAUCUGCUAAUGAAUGUCAUCACUCAAUACGUGUGCAUCCGUGGUGUAUUCAUCCUUACUACAGAGUGUCCUUCCCUCACAGUAACCCUCGUUGUUACACUGCGCAAGUUUCUCAGUCUUAUAUUCUCCAUUCUCUAUUUCCACAACCCUUUCACAACUUGGCACUGGAUUGGCACCUUCUUUGUCUUUAUGGGGACAUUACUGUAUACUGAGGUCUGGAACACCAUAGGGCCAGCUGCUAGCAAGGAUAAGAAGGGAAUCAAAAAGGAUUAAAUGUGCAAGGGACAAGCUAAUAUGUUCAGUGCUUGAUAUUCAGGGACUAGGGAGCACAUGGGCGUUCCUUCUAUUUCCAGAAAUACUUGCGAGUCUAUGGCAGAUAUUAUAUGUAGGCCGUUCAGUGUAAGGCAAGCAGUUACCAUCCUGUUGUAUAAAUAUAAUCUUAUGCUAUUAUAAAUAAUAAUAAUAAUAAUGAUGAUGAUGGGAUUGCUUUCAUAAGCACAAAGCUGCCAGACAAGCUCUUUUUAAUCGUUUUGAUAUUAAUAAAUGGAAUACUAUUACAUAAAGCUGUGAAGGGAUAAAGUCCAAUGUUUACCUGAUGGUAAUGAAAGGUUUACUGCACUGUAGGCAUAAAGCCAAGUCCUCUGAGUGUUGUGAAAAGUAUGAGCAGACUGUAUCAAUCCAGAGCUCACACAGAGGAUUACUAUGAUUUUCUUUCUCAUGAGGUUUCAUUGGACUUUCCCUCCCAGAGGCAACUGUUCUUGGACAGAUACCCGAUGCAAGAAUCAUCAGCGCUGUUAGACAUUUGCAUUGUCACUUCUUUUUUGU